GAUUUUGAUAAAAUUGCUGUUAUCGGAAGAGGUGCUUUUGGUGAAGUUCGUCUUGUUAAAGAUAAACAAACAGGAAAAAUUUCAGCUAUGAAAAUGUUGAAAAAGACUGAAAUGAUGAGAAAGAAUCAGGUCCAACACGUAAGAACUGAAAGAAAUUUGAUGGCCGAUUCUGGCGAGAACAGUCAAUUCAACGAGUGGAUUGUAGGAUUGCAUUGCUCUUUCCAAGAUGAUGAAUACUUGUAUUUAGUUAUGGAAUUUUUGCCAGGUGGUGAUAUGAUGACUUGGUUAAUUCACAAGGAAUAUUUUACUGAGGAAGAAACAAGGUUUUAUAUUGCGGAAUUAGUGAUGGCAGUUGGAUCAAUUCAUGCUUUAGGAUAUGUACAUAGAGACUUGAAGCCGGACAAUAUUUUACUUGAUGGAAUGGGUCACAUUAAAUUGAGUGAUUUUGGCCUGUCCAAACCAUAUAAAGAGGAAUCUGGAUCUGAAGAUGCAAGAAAAUCAAUAGAAGAAGCUGCCAGUGAAUUAAAUUCUACUAUUGUGGAAACUGGUAAACAAAGAGAUGAAUGGAGAAAGAAAGGUCGUGUCAAGUUAUAUUCUACUGUUGGUAGUACUGGUUAUAUUGCACCAGAAGUUUUGUUAAAGAAGGGAUAUGGUUUGGAAUGUGAUUGGUGGUCUGUUGGUAUUAUCAUGUUUGAAAUGUUGUGUGGUUAUCCACCAUUUUCUUAUGAUGAACCUCCAGCUCAAACAUGUCACAGAAUUAUUAGGUGGAAGGAAAACCUUCAAUUCCCAAGCGACGUGGUCUUGUCAGAUGAAGCAAAAGAUCUCAUUCUCAAACUUCUCUGUGAUCCAGAAGAUAGAAUUGGUACUAAUGGUGUAGAAGAUAUUAAGAACCAUCCAUUCUUUUCUGGUAUUAAUUGGGAAAAUAUCAGACAUAUUCAACCUCCAUUUGUUCCAGAAUUAGAGAGUGAAAUUGACCAUAGAUACUUUGAUUGCUUUGAAGAAAAUGAA